GAACCAAGUACAAUUAUUGAAGAUAUACAUUCUCUCUAGGGUUUCACAAGGCUUUAGGAGCUUGUGUGUGUACUGUGUACUUUAUAUUUUAUCUCUUUUUCUACAUCGAAAACCAGUCGAUCUACAUUGUUUCCAUAAGGAUUUACGAGUUUGUGUGUGUAUCUAUAUAUUAUAUCUUUUUCUACAUCAAAAUACAUUCUCUCUAGGGUUUAUCACAAGGCUUUACGUGUUUGUGUAGAUAUACAUACAUAUGUAUGUAUGUAUGUAUAAGUUGCAUUGGAGAUGGCUUCGCUAGAGGUGUUAUCGGCUAGUCUUGAACUUACAGAGCAGAAAAAGAACAGCCUUCGAAAGGCGAUUCUUUUGUUGGCGCUUGAAUGGAAGGAUUUCGAAAAGCAUUUGGAAUCUAUUCAACAGGCCUUCGAAGAAUCUUGGUGUAAAAUCGAUUCGAAAGAGAAGCAUUUGGAGUUAAUUCGAAAAUCAGCCAUUGAAAGCAACGAGGAAGUUGAAUUGCUUCGGAUUUCGGUCAGAGAACGGUUUGAGGAACUUGAAGUUAAAGAGAAGGAGUUCAGGUUGUUUCAGCAAAAGCACAUUAGAGAGUUCAAAUUGAAAGAGGAGAAGUUGGGUUCUAUUCGAAAAUCGGUAGAGGAACGCUUGCGGGAGGUUGAAUUGCGAGAGGAAAAAUUAUGCGUUCACCAGAAGUUAGUAGAGGGGCUUUUUGAGAAACUUGAAUUGAAGCAUAAGCAAUUUGAACCUAUUCAGAGAUUGAUGAACGAACGGUUCAAAGAGAUCAAUGUGAAAGAGAAGCACUUUGAAAGUCGUUCGAGAGAACUGCAUUUGAUUCAGGAUUGGAUAGAGAGACGUGCCAAAGAGCUUGAUACUAAAGAGGAAUCUUUGGAAGAACGAUGUAAGGAACUCGAAGUAAAGGAGAAGCAUUUGGAUUCUGCUAAAAAGUUGAAUGAUGAAUGGUCUGGAAAACUUGAUUCCAGAGGGAAGAAAUUUGACUUAAUCGAAAAUUUUGGCCCUCAGUGCUUCAAGGAUUUUCAAUUGGAAAAGAAGCAAUUGAAGUCGAAAGAAAAUUUGCUCGAGCAACGCUCUAAGGAGCUUGAAUUAAAAGAGAAGCAACUUGAAGAUCGGUCCAAAGAACUUCAAUUGAAAGAGGAGAAAUUUGCCAACGUCCUUCAUUCAAGUGAAGAGAUUGAGCAGCCAGAAUAUAUGCCACCCGAUAAUAGGAUGGAUUGUUCAUAUGCAGAUAUUCCAUUAUGUAUGACUAUGGAUGGGAAGAGUCUGCAGAUUUUCCUCAAUGAGCGCUCGAACAGGCAUGAUGCGAUGUCUGGUGGAAUUUGCAGGGCUCUUCGGUUGUGGUUGGAUUCUGCAAAGCUAGUUCUAAAUGCAAUGGAAGGGUUUUACCCUCCGCAUUUGAAGAAGGGAGAUACAGAGUUCGAAGGCAAUGUAGUUAGGAGGAGUUGCAUUCUUUUGUUAGAGCAGUUGAUGACAAUUUCACCACUGAUUCGACCUCAGGUGAAAGAAGCGGCAUUGAAACUUGCACAUGAGUGGAAGGUGAAAAUGGGAACAGCUGUUAAGAACUCAUUGGAGGUGUUGGGUUUCUUGCAGCUUCUGGCUUCCUACAAAUUAACCUCUCAGUUUGAUGCGGAUGAGCUUUGGAAUCUAUUUGAGAUUGUUGCUGAGCAUAAGGCAGCCCCUAAAUUAUGUCAGGUGCUUGGUUUUGCAGAUAAGAUUUCUGAUUUCAUCCAAAAACUUAUAGAAAGGGAGCAGUGGCUUGCGGCUAUCAAGUACAUUUAUGCUUAUGGCCUUGUUGAAAAGUUCCCACCAGUACCUCUCCUGAAAGGCUACUUGACCUAUUCAGAGGAGAUUGCCAAUAAAAUAUGCAACAAGGGGAACAAUUCUCUUGAAGCACAGGAUAGGGCGACAAAGCGAGAAGUAUAUGCUCUGACAGCUGUAAUCAAAUGCAUUACAGAUCAUGGUCUUGAAUCUGAUUUCUCGGCCAAAAACCUUAAAACACGUAUUGAAAAGCUAGAAAGGAAAAAUGCAGACCGGAGUGUUGUUGUGCCACACCCUGCAUCUGAGGCUCAAGCUCAAGAGCGAGCUAGGAAAAAAUUUAUUACGCCAACCCCUGCCCCUUCAUCUGAGGCUCAACCGCAAAAAGAAUAUGGGAAAAAAUGUAUUGCCCCUGCUUUUUCAUCUGAGGCUCAACCGCAAAAGCAAGCUGGGGAAAAUUGUAUUAACCCUGAAUCUGAGGCUAAAGUGCAAAAGAAAGCUGAAAAAAAGCGUAUUGCACCAACCCCUGCCUCUGCCUCCAAUACUCAACCGCAACAUCAGCUAGCGAAAAAACGUCCUCGGAAAGCUAUAUCAAAAGCAGCAGCCUCGAGGGCUCCUGAUGGUUCUGCUUAUCCUGUUCACUCAACACAUCCUCCUCCUCAACGCCCGGCAUGCUUUUUUUCAGAACAAGGUGCACCUGAUUUAAGGCCACCUGCUGAAUACUGUAGGCCAAGGGGAUCCACUCCUUAUUACAUAUGAGUGAUUUAAAUGGGCAGUAUGGAACUAUGGAUUGGGUGCCCCUGCUAACAGGGGCGCCAGGUACGCAUCACUUGUUUCAUCCAUGGCGCUAUCCCUAUCCCCAACCAUAAUGACCCCGGUCACCUUGUAGACACACCAAAUACAAUAGUAUCAUCCAUGGCGCUAUCCCUAUCCCCAACCGUAAUGCCCCGGUCACCUUGUAGACACACCAAAUGCAAUAGGCAAGCGUGACUGUGUCUAUGUUAUUCAACCUGAAUGCAUCCAUCUUCCUAUCAUUGAAGUGCUUCCUAGGCUAAAUUUUAUUGAUGGUAAAAUCUUGGAAGCUUCUCCAUCUCUGUGAUCUUGUCAUUCCUCCAUCGCUGUGAUUUGGUCAUUGGAGACCAAUCGUAUUGUACAUAUUUUUUAUUUUUUAUUUUUAUGUUUUCAAUUGUACAUUAUUAUCUUGUAUCCUAUUAAAAUUCUCAGUAAAGAGUUGUUUCUGUUU